AACAUUACAAACAAAUUUAAGUGGAUAAAUAAUUUGGUCUGGAGAAAUUCUUGGUCAGUUUUAAUUGAAUAUUUGUGAAAAGAACAACACUCCAGUGCAAGUAAUAGAGGAAAAUCAAAGGGGUGGAAACAAUGUUUAAAUUCUCUACCCUUGUAGGGGCACUACUCCUAUGUGUUGCCCUAUCCGAUACUGCUCAUAUACAGAAUAAAAGAUCACUUGUUGUAUCAUCGACAGAGCCACCAAAAGCGGAAGCUGACAAAAAUACCAUCCCUUCGGUUCCAUCGGUACCAAAAAUCUACGAAAUGCGCGUAGACACCAACGUAUCGAAUCGUUACGCAAAAACAGUAAUCACUAGCAAAGUUAAAAACCUAGACUCGAAAGCUCAAGAAGCUACUUUUUCCAUUGUGACGCCAGACCAAGCGUUCAUUUCCGGAUUCGUGAUGGAAAUUGAUGGCAAGAAAUAUGAGGCCUACGUGCAAGAAAAAGAAGAAGCCAAACAAACAUACGACCAGGCUGUUUUUAGUGGGCAUUCUGCAGCUCACGUAGCGGUCAGCGCCAGAGAUUCAAACAGAUUUACAGUUUCAGUUAAUGUCGAACCUGAAAGUAAGGCAAUUUUCUAUCUUACCUAUGAGGAGCUUUUACUGAGGAAAGAUGAGAAAUAUGAUAUUGUUCUCAACAUCCAUCCUGGACAACCUGUUAAAAAUUUAGAAGUCAAAGUCAACAUAAUGGAAAGUCGUCCACUGAAAUUCGUCAAAACGCCAUCGUUAAGAUCGGGCAACGAAGUGUCUAAGAACAGCCCGAAUAUAGAUCCUGAAGCUGAAAUUCAAAACGUGAACGAAACGGCGGCAGUUGUCACUUUCAGUCCGGACGUGGCCAGGCAAAAAGUUUUGGGCGGUAGUUUGGGCGGUAAGGAACAGGACGGGCUCAGCGGUCAGUUUAUUGUUCAGUAUGAUGUUGAGAGGGAUCCUCAAGGAGGAGAGGUUUUGGUUGAUGGUGGUUACUUCGUACACUUUUUCUCCCCCGAAGAACUGCGACCGAUGAAAAAACAAGUAGUUUUCGUCCUGGACACCAGCGGCAGCAUGUUUGGAACAAGAAUCACCCAACUGAAAGAAGCCAUGGACAGCAUCUUAUCCGAACUGAAACCGGAAGACGUUUUCAGCAUUGUAGAAUUCAACACUGUCGUUAAAGUUUGGAAUGUGCCUUUGAGUCAAGUUACCUUUACUAAAGGUGACGAAGCUUAUUUCGCUUAUGAACCGACUACUGAAAGAACCAAGCCUAAAGAGCAACAUCUACCACCUUCAGUACCUGCCAACCAAGAAAAUAUUGAUAAAGCUAAGAAGGUGAUUAAAGAAUGGGAAGCUAAUGGAGGCACGGAUAUUGAAUCAGCACUGAAAAUAGCACUUCGAGUCGUUGCCAAGAGCAAUAAUGAUAAAAACGUCCAACCGAUGAUUGUAUUUUUAACUGACGGUGAACCAACUGUCGGAAAUUCCGUUCCAGAACAAAUAACUUCUGCUAUUACCGAACUAAAUACUCACAAAGUCCCAAUAUUCUCUUUAUCCUUCGGCGACGGAGCAGAUAGAGCCUUUCUACAAAAAAUUUCAUUGAAAAAUCAAGGUUUUGCUAGACAUAUUUACGAAGCAGCCGAUGCCUACUUACAACUGGAAAACUUCUACAAACAAAUCUCGUCUCCAUUAUUGGCAAAUGUAACAUUCAAAUACGUGGACAAAGUUAAGAAUGUUACUAAAACACAUUUCCCUGUUUUCUUUAAAGGCAGCGAAUUGUAUGUAACUGGAAUAAUUGAUCCUGGUUUUAUUCCUCCUCCAGCUGAAUGUUGGUCAAGUGAUGGUUUGAUUCAAUUGAAACCUACAGUUUACAAUUCGGUAGGAAGUUUGGAACGUCUUUGGGCUUAUUUGACUGUUAAGCAACUUUUGGAGCAAAGGGAAAUUGCUGAGGAUAAAAAGGGACCUACACAAGAAGCUCUAAGGUUAGCACUGAAAUACUCUUUUGUCACCGACGUAAGUUCUUUGGUUGUUGUCAAACCGAAUGCUUCUUCAGCUGUGAGUACCGAAGAUGCUUCUAAAGUUUCUCAGCCAGGUCAAUAUGGAAUACCAGCAAUACCUUUAAGUGGAACACCGGGAGGAGUUGCGUCUUAUUCUUUAGGUUUUUCUGGAGGUUCGAGAAAAGGUUCCUUUCGUAGAGGUUACGUAUCCGCCUUCCGCAGACCGAUGAAAUAUGGAUCGUUGUUGAGAGGAGGAUCUGCUGGUGGAUUCGCCAGUAAUUAUUAUCAAAGUUCCAUGAUGCAUUCCAGAUAUCCGGCUCCUAUACCUCCAGUAGCACCUGGGCAAGCUUGGUUUGCGCCACCUCCACAUGCUUACCAGUUUGCUGCUAGUAAAUUGACGGCAUCAUACGACGCUGACGACCUUAUAGAUAUACGGCAUGAAGUUGACAGUGAAGAUGGUGUCUAUUACAGUACCCCUAGAUUACCACUAACAUCAACUACUACUAGUGAAAAUCCCCUUUUCAAUCUACUUCCAUGGUUAAGACAAAACGUUGUUGGACAAACACUGUUAGUUGAAGGAGUUAGUUAUGAUAUGGAUGGAUUAGUUACCGCUCAACCUGAAUGUUCAAACAGUUUCAACACGACAAAUGGAAUUUGUACGUUAUUGAAAAAUUGUCCACAAGUUUAUCCAGAUUUGGUCGAUUUUGAUACCUACACCAAGCACGCAUGCGUUGUUGAAAAUCAUGCUGGUGUUUGCUGUCCCAAACCUGUACAAGUAGAGCCUUGAACCGAAGAUUUUAAUUUUUUAAAACUUGUGAUAAAAUAAAAAAUUUAUUGUAAAGUCCUUCAAUAAUAGUUAUUCAUGAUAUAAGUGCUAA